AUGUUGGGUUUCCAGAUUGGCGUUCUGAGCGUGGGAGGUUCCUUCUCUUAGUGCUGCGAGAAAGAAACAGGUUUGCUCUCGGCCUCCCAGAAGGAUCCUGAGACCACUCAGAAAAGUGUUUUUACCCAACUUAUCUACUGAGAAGUUGUGACAUCUUGACAUCACAGUACUAUUUUAUUGGUGCCUUACCAUGUGUCUGAGUCUGUGAUGAAUUCCAGAAAUGACAACUGUGGCUGUGAAAAAGACAGAUGCGGCCCAGCUCUCUCUUGAGAGCCUCUCUCUCCUGAGUAUCAGGCUUUAAUGUAAAAAAGAUGGAUUGACUUCUUUCAAUAGAUGAGAUGGCUACCACUCAGAUUUCCAAAGAUGAGCUUGACGAACUCAAAGAGGCCUUUGCAAAAGUUGAUCUCAACAGCAAUGGAUUCAUUUGUGACUAUGAACUUCAUGAGCUCUUCAAGGAAGCUAAUAUGCCAUUACCGGGAUAUAAAGUGAGAGAAAUUAUUCAAAAACUCAUGCUGGAUGGUGACAGAAAUAAAGAUGGAAAGAUAAGUUUUGACGAAUUUGUUUAUAUUUUCCAAGAGGUGAAAAGCAGUGAUAUUGCUAAAACCUUUCGCAAAGCCAUCAACCGGAAAGAAGGGAUUUGCGCUCUGGGAGGAACGUCAGAGCUCUCCAGUGAAGGAACACAGCAUUCCUACUCAGAGGAGGAAAAAUAUGCUUUUGUUAACUGGAUAAACAAAGCUUUGGAAAAUGAUCCUGAUUGCCGACAUGUUAUACCAAUGAACCCAAAUACCGAUGACCUGUUCAAAGCUGUUGGUGACGGAAUUGUGCUUUGUAAAAUGAUCAACCUUUCAGUUCCUGAUACAAUUGAUGAAAGAGCAAUCAACAAGAAGAAACUUACACCCUUCAUCAUUCAGGAAAACUUGAACUUGGCACUGAACUCCGCUUCUGCCAUUGGGUGUCACGUUGUGAACAUUGGUGCAGAGGAUUUGCGGGCUGGGAAACCUCAUCUAGUGUUGGGACUGCUUUGGCAAAUCAUUAAGAUCGGUUUGUUCGCUGACAUUGGAUUAGGCAGGAAUGAAGCCUUGGCUGCUUUACUUCGAGAUGGUGAAACUUUAGAGGAGCUUAUGAAAUUGUCUCCAGAAGAGCUUCUGCUUAGAUGGGCAAACUUUCAUUUGGAAAACUCAGGCUGGCAGAAAAUCAACAACUUUAGUGCUGACAUCAAGGAUUCCAAAGCCUAUUUCCAUCUUCUCAAUCAAAUUGCACCAAAAGGACAAAAGGAAGGUGAACCACGGAUAGAUAUUAACAUGUCAGGUUUCAAUGAAACAGAUGAUUUGAAGAGAGCUGAGAGUAUGCUUCAACAAGCAGACAAAUUAGGUUGCAGACAGUUUGUUACCCCUGCUGAUGUUGUCAGUGGAAACCCCAAACUGAACUUGGCCUUUGUGGCUAACCUGUUUAAUAAGUAUCCAGCACUAACUAAGCCAGAGAACCAGGAUAUUGACUGGACUCUAUUAGAAGGAGAAACUCGUGAAGAAAGAACCUUCCGUAACUGGAUGAACUCUCUUGGUGUUAAUCCCCAUGUAAACCAUCUCUACGCUGACCUGCAAGAUGCCCUGGUAAUCUUACAGUUGUAUGAGCGAAUUAAAGUUCCUGUUGACUGGAGUAAGGUUAAUAAACCUCCAUACCCAAAACUUGGAGCCAACAUGAAAAAGCUAGAAAACUGCAACUAUGCUGUUGAAUUAGGGAAGCACCCUGCCAAAUUCUCCCUGGUUGGCAUUGGAGGGCAAGACCUGAAUGAUGGGAACCAAACCUUGACUUUAGCUUUGGUCUGGCAGCUGAUGAGAAGAUAUACCCUCAAUGUCCUGGAAGAUCUUGGAGAUGGUCAGAAAGCUAAUGACGACAUCAUUGUAAGCUGGGUCAACAAAACAUUGAGGGAAGCUGGCAAAUCAACUUCCAUUCAGAGUUUUAAGGACAAGACGAUCAGCUCCAGUUUGGCCGUUGUGGAUUUAAUUGACGCCAUCCAGCCAGGCUGCAUAAACUAUGACCUUGUUAAGAGUGGCAAUCUAACAGAAGAUGACAAGCACAAUAAUGCCAAGUAUGCCGUGUCAAUGGCUAGAAGAAUUGGAGCCAGGGUGUAUGCUCUUCCUGAAGACCUUGUGGAAGUAAAGCCCAAGAUGGUCAUGACCGUGUUUGCAUGCUUGAUGGGCAGGGGGAUGAAGAGAGUGUAAAAUAACCAAUUUGAAUAAAAACAGUCUCGCUCCCAGGUG